UCGAUAUGUUUAUGUUUGUGCCAUGUGGUUUGUGCUUGCACUUUGCUUCUGAAUCAAAAUCAGAUUUAAAUUUCCACGCAGUGUUUUUUUUCAUUUAUUUAUUAUUACCAUUUAAUUUAGUGUUUGUUCAAAAAUGAGACCUUUAACAGACGAAGAGAUGAAACAAGUUUUCGGUAAACUUGUCAAGUAUAUUGGUGAAAACACUAGUUUAUUGAUUAACCGAUCUGAUGAUACCUAUUGUUUUCGAUUACAUAAAAAUAGAGUUUAUUAUUGUUCGGAAAAGUUGAUGAAAAAGGCUGCAAGUAUAAGUCGUGAAAAUUUAAUAUCUUUCGGAUCUUGUUUUGGUAAAUUCACAUCGAGUCAAAAAUUUCGUCUUACAAUAACUGCUUUGGAUUAUUUGGCACCUUAUGCUAAGUUCAAAGUAUGGCUAAAACCUUCCGCUGAACAAUCAUUCCUUUAUGGUAAUCAUGUUUUAAAGUCAGGACUAGGCAGAAUAACAGAAAACACACCUCAAUAUCAAGGAGUUGUAGUUUUUUCAAUGUCUGAAGUACCUUUGGGUUUCGGGACAACAGCCAAGUCAACCAGUGAUUGCAGAAGAGCCGAUCCAAUGACAAUAGUUUGUUUCCAUCAAGCAGAUAUCGGAGAGUAUUUGAGAGACGAAGAUAUCCUUUAAUUGUAUCGAAUAUUUUUUUUGAUUGUUGACAUCUGUCAAGCAUUUAAUCUUAUCUUCGAUAAUAAUCCAGCACCAAUAUGUUUGUGAUAAAUUGAUAAUUGAAGAUAAAAAUAAAUCACUGGCAGCUGUAGUUUUUUAAAA